GUCGGGACGCGCGUCCCGCCUGCCGCCCCUUGGCGCAGCGGAGAAGGGCGCGAUGAUGAAGACUUUAGUUUUUUUGAAUCACUGAAAAGCCUUAAAAGGAGACUCGUAAUAAUAAUCAUUAAAACAAGAAACGCCAAUGCAAAGUGAAACAACCAUGUCUGGAGAAGUGCGUUUGAAGCAGUUGGAGCAGUUUAUUUUGGAUGGGCCAACUCAGACUAAUGGGCAAUGCUUCAGUGUGGAAACCUUGCUGGAUAUACUCAUCUGCCUUUAUGAUGAAUGUAACAACUCCCCUCUGAGAAGAGAGAAGAACAUCCUUGAGUAUCUAGAGUGGGCCAAACCUUUUACAUCUAAAGUGAAACAGAUGCGACUCCAUAAAGAAGAUUUUGAAAUCCUAAAGGUGAUUGGUCGAGGAGCCUUUGGGGAGGUUGCAGUAGUAAAACUGAAGAAUGCAGAUAAAGUUUUUGCCAUGAAGAUACUUAAUAAGUGGGAGAUGCUGAAGAGAGCUGAAACAGCCUGCUUUCGAGAAGAGAGAGAUGUGUUAGUGAAUGGGGAUAACCAAUGGAUCACAACAUUACAUUAUGCAUUCCAGGAUGAAAACUAUUUAUACCUGGUUAUGGAUUACUAUGUUGGAGGAGACCUGCUUACGUUGCUCAGCAAGUUUGAGGACAGAUUACCUGAAGACAUGGCUCGUUUUUAUUUGGCUGAAAUGGUGAUAGCUAUUGAUUCCGUUCAUCAGUUACAUUACGUUCAUAGGGAUAUUAAACCAGACAACAUCUUGAUGGAUAUGAAUGGACAUAUUCGAUUAGCAGAUUUUGGUUCUUGCCUGAAACUCAUGGAAGAUGGAACAGUCCAAUCUUCAGUGGCAGUCGGAACGCCAGACUACAUUUCUCCAGAAAUCUUGCAGGCCAUGGAAGAUGGAAAAGGGAAGUAUGGGCCCGAGUGUGACUGGUGGUCCCUGGGCGUUUGCAUGUAUGAAAUGCUUUAUGGAGAAACGCCCUUUUAUGCUGAGUCCUUGGUGGAGACCUAUGGGAAAAUAAUGAACCACAAAGAGAGGUUUCAGUUUCCUGCUCAAGUGACAGAUGUCUCUGAGAGUGCAAAGGACCUCAUCCGAAGGCUCAUUUGUAGCAGAGAGCAUCGACUUGGACAAAAUGGGAUAGAAGACUUUAAGAACCACCCAUUCUUUGCUGGGAUUGAUUGGGACAACAUUAGAAACUGUGAGGCACCUUACAUCCCAGAAGUCAGCAGCCCCACUGAUACGUCAAACUUUGAUGUGGAUGAUGACUGCUUAAAAAAUUCUGAAACAAUGCCUCCACCAUCACACACAGCAUUUUCUGGCCAUCAUUUACCGUUUGUGGGUUUCACAUAUACAAGUAGCUGUGUGCUUUCAGAUCGCAGCUGUCUAAGACUGACAGCUGGACCACCCUCCAUGGAUCUUGAUGCCAGCAUUCAAAGAACUUUGGAGGAUAGUUUAGCAACAGAAGCUUAUGAGAGGAGAAUAAGACGUCUAGAACAAGAAAAGCUUGAACUUAGUAGAAAACUGCAAGAGUCAACCCAGACAGUUCAAGCUCUGCAAUACUCAACGGUGGAUGGCCCAAUAACAGCAAGCAAAGAUCUAGAAAUUAAAAGCUUGAAAGAAGAAAUUGAAAAGUUGAAGAAACAGGUAACAGAUUCUGGUCAGCUAGAGCAGCAGCUAGAGGAGGCCAGCACUGCAAGGCGGGAGUUGGAUGAUGCUUCCAGGCAAAUAAAGGCUUUUGAGAAACAGGUCAGAACGCUGAAGCAAGAGAGAGAAGAUCUUAAUAAGGAACUGGCAGAGUCUAGUGACAGAUUAAAAUCCCAAGCCAAAGAGCUGAAAGAUGCACACAGCCAGCGGAAAUUGGCAAUGCAGGAGUUCUCAGAGAUGAACGAGCGGCUGACAGACUUACACUCCCAAAAACAAAAGCUUGCCCGCCAGCUCCGAGAUAAGGAGGAAGAAAUGGAAGUGGUGAUGCAAAAAGUAGAAAGUUUAAGGCAAGAGUUACGCAGAACAGAGAGACUUAAAAAAGAACUGGAAGUCCAAGCUGAAGCUGCAGCUGCUGAGGCAUCCAAAGACAGGAAAUUGCGAGAGAGGAGUGAACAGUACUCUAAACAGUUGGAAAGCGAAGUAGAAGGGCUAAAGCAAAAACAGGUUGGUCGCUCACCUGGAGUAAGCAGUAUAGAACACCAGCAAGAGAUCACUAAAUUAAAGGCAGACCUGGAGAAGAAAAGUGUUUUCUAUGAAGAGGAACUAUCUAAACGGGAAAUCAUGCAUGCUAAUGAAAUAAAAAGUCUGAAGAAAGAACUGCGGGAUGCAGAGAGCCAGCAGCUUGCCCUCAAGAAGGAGAUAAUGAUUUUGAAGGACAAGUUAGAGAAAACCAGAAGAGAAAACCAAAGUGAGAGAGAGGAAUUUGAAACGGAGUUCAAACAGAAGUACGAGCGAGAAAAGAUUCUGCUGACAGAGGAAAACAAGAAACUUUCAAAUGAGCUCGAUAAGCUCACUGCCAUGUUUGAGAGGCUGAGUAUGAAUAACCGGCAGCUGGAAGAAGAGAUGAGAGACCUGGCUGAUAAAAAGGAGUCCGUGGCCCACUGGGAGGCCCAAAUUACUGAGAUCAUCCAGUGGGUAAGUGAUGAAAAAGAUGCACGAGGUUAUCUUCAAGCCUUGGCCUCUAAAAUGACAGAAGAACUAGAGGCACUGAGGAACUCCAGUUUGGGUGCAAGAGCUACAGACAUGCCCUGGAAGAUGCGCCGCUUCGCAAAACUGGAUAUGUCUGCAAGGUUGGAACUACAAUCUGCUCUUGAUGCGGAAAUCCGAGCCAAACAGGCUAUUCAAGAUGAGUUGAAUAAAGUCAAAGCUUCCUGUAUAUCUACAGAGUGUAAAUUGCAAGAAGCUGAGAAGAAGAACAUGGAGCUGUUGACAGAUAUUGAAAGGCUGAAAAAGGAGACAGAAGAGCUUAGAUCAGAAAAGGGUGUAAAGCACCAAGACUCACAGAAUUCUUUCUUGGCAUUUUUGAAUGCGCCUACCUCUGCUCUGGAUCAAUUUGAAAUUGAUUCAGUUGAGAAUUUUACGUUGUCUAAUACUCCGUCACGGGAUGAAGAUAGCAAGUCUCACCUUCAUUCAAGAUCAAGGUCUCCUUCUACAGCUAGUGAGAUUGAACCAAUUGAGGUUACAGAUCAUCCUCCCCGUUCAAUUCACACACCAACCAUGAGGACAGCGUAUAUUGGAUCGGGACUCUCUGCACCAAAGCCUAAAGCCCACCAGUUUGUAGUGAAAUCAUUUAAUACACCAACAAAAUGCAAUCAGUGUACAUCUCUGAUGGUCGGUUUAAUACGACAGGGCUGUACCUGUGAAGUAUGUGGAUUCUCUUGCCACGUGACCUGUGCAGACAAGGCUCCUGCAGUAUGUCCAAUCCCUCCUGACCAGACCAAGGGACCUUUGGGAAUAGAUCCACAGAAGGGCAUAGGAACAGCUUAUGAAGGACAUGUCCGAGUACCAAAACCAGCUGGAGUAAAGAAAGGCUGGCAAAGAGCACUGGCAGUGAUCUGUGAUUUUAAACUCUUCCUCUAUGAUGUAGCAGAAGGAAAAGCAUCCCAGCCCAGCGUGGUAGUGAGUCAGGUCAUAGACAUGAGGGAUGAAGAAUUCUCAGUGAGUUCUGUCUUGGCCUCAGAUGUCAUCCAUGCAAACAGAAAAGAUAUCCCCUGUAUCUUUAGGGUUACAGCUUCCCAGCUCUCUGCAUCCAGUAAUAAGUGUUCAAUCCUGAUUCUAGCAGACGGUGAGAAUGAGAAAAGCAAGUGGGUAGGAGUGCUGAAUGAAUUGCAUAGGAUCUUGAAGAAGAACAAACUCAAAGACCGCUCAGUCUAUGUUCCCAAAGAAGCUUAUGACAGCACCUUACCCCUCAUCAAAACAACACAGUCAGCAGCAAUCAUAGACCAUGAACGAAUAGCUCUGGGGAAUGAAGAAGGGUUGUUUGUUGUGCAUGUCACCAAAGACGAGAUCAUCCGUGUUGGUGACAAUAAGAAGGUUCAUCAGAUUGAGCUUAUCCCAAGUGAACAGCUCAUUGCAGUGAUCUCGGGACGGAACCGUCAUGUGCGCCUUUUCCCUAUGGCUGCCCUGGAUGGAAGGGAGACUGAGUUCUAUAAGCUGGCAGAGACAAAAGGCUGUCAGUCAAUAGUUUCUGGACAUGUGCGCCACGGAGCUCUUACCUGCCUGUGUGUAGCUAUGAAAAGGCAGGUCCUCUGUUAUGAACUAAAUCAGAGCAAGACACGCCACAAAAAGAUGAAGGAGAUCCAAGUCCAGGGCAAUGUCCAGUGGAUGUCAGUCUUCAGUGAUCGUCUUUGUGUGGGCUACCAGUCCGGUUUCCUAAAAUACCCCCUUCACGGAGAAGGCAGUCCAUACAGCCUGCUCCAUCCAGAUGACCACACACUCUCAUUUAUCUCGCAGCAGCCAACUGAUGCCAUCUGUGCAGUCGAAAUCUCAAGUAAAGAGUACCUGCUGUGUUUUAGCAGCGUAGGGGUUUACGUUGACUGCCAGGGCCGAAGAUCCAGACAACAAGAGUUGAUGUGGCCCGCAACUCCAUCUUCUUGCUGUUACAAUGCACCAUACCUCUCUGUGUACAGUGAAAAUGCAAUUGAUAUCUUCGAUGUGAACUCCAUGGAGUGGAUUCAGACUAUUCCUCUCAAAAAGGUACGACCCUUGAAUACAGAAGGAUCACUAAACCUUUUAGGCCUGGAGACAGUUAGAUUAAUAUAUUUCAAAAACAAAAUGGCAGAGGGUGAUGAGCUGGUAGUUCCUGAGACAUCAGAUAACAGUCGGAAGCAAAUGGUCCGAAACAUCAACAACAAGCGCCGCUAUUCAUUCAGAGUACCAGAGGAGGAGAGGAUGCAGCAGAGGAGGGAGAUGCUACGUGAUCCAGAAAUGAGAAAUAAAUUAAUUUCUAACCCAACUAAUUUUAACCACAUAGCACAUAUGGGGCCAGGAGACGGUAUCCAGAUCCUCAAGGACCUUCCAAUGCAGCGUUCCCCUUAUCAAUUCCCUCAUCAUCACUCCCGUCUGAUCUCCUCUCCGAGCAACUUUGAGCACAUCUACCACAUGACUGUUAAUUCAGCUGAAAAAUUCCUCUCUUACGAUUCCAUAAACCCUGCAUUUUCCCCGCCUCCACGCUCUGUCCUCGGUACUCCAGACUUUAUGACUCGGAGGAAUCUUCGGCCUCAGGAAAGCCGGACCGUGUUCAGUGGCUCUGUCAGCAUCCCGUCGAUCACCAAAUCCCGCACGGAACCAGGACGAUCGAUGAGCGCGAGCAGUGGGUUAGCAGCACGAUCGUCUGCACAAAACGGCAGUGCUCUGCGGAGGGAAUUCUCGGGAGGUAGCUAUGGAGCAAAGCGUCAGCCUAUGGCAUCACCCUCAGAUGGCUCCUUAUCCUCUGGCGGUCUGGACCAAGGCAGCGAUGCACCAACAAGGGACUAUGAGCGAGAGGACUCUGACUCUCCGAGACAUUCUACUGCAUCGAACAGCUCCAACCUCAGCAGCCCUCCCAGCCCUGUUUCUCCUCACAAGACCAAGAGCCUCUCCCUGGAGAGCUCUGACCACGUGAGUUGGGACUCAUGAACUGCUUUAGCAUUCAGAUUUGACAUCACAGCAGCUUGCUGUCCCCAUGGCUGUCCCCUUCACUUGUUCCAGUUCUCGCCUUCAUCAUCCUAACCCUCCCCAUUCCCUGUCUGAAAGUGAUCUGGGAGUGGGGUACAGAGGAAGGUAGAAGCUGGUUGUCUUCAGCACCGUUCGGCACUGCCUCACCCUCCCUUCCCCAGAUUUGACAGCAGCAAACGAGCAAAGUUAGGGUGUUGGUAAAUAUCAGAUGCUGUAGAUUUGUAUUCGUAUUGGUUUCCUUUUUGUGGUUACAGCUGCUUCAUUUUUAAAGAUAUAUUUAUCCCACCCCCCCUUUCCAUCUCCCACAAAGUAGCUUAAGUAGACCAGACCAGUAUCGACAAGAGAAAAUUCAGAGGGAUUUUGUUUUCAUACAAUAGCUCAUUGUACUGUACAAACGUAGCACAGAGACCCCUUCCCCUGCAUGGGGAAUGAUCAGUAUGUCAGAGGCACAUAAAAGCUUUCAGCCACCACGUUUGAAUGUCAAUCUGAUUGUCGCCAGCAAAUCCUUAUUGAUUAAAAUGAUGCAUAUUUUACUACAGUACAGAGUUUAAAUAAAUAGGCAGAUGUUAGAUUAAAAUACGUAUGUAUAUAUUCAAAGAAAAAAAAGCAUUGUGUAUGCAGCAGAAGAUGGAUGCUUAUUUAAGAGAGCCUUUAAUUUAAGAUUUGUGUUGUCCCUGUUUUCAUGCUUGGUAAUAUACAGACUUGGAGGCCUGGCCUAAAACCUUUUGCAGGACAGACACCCUUUUUGCGCAGCACUUGCUGCAGUGCAGGAGAGGUCCCUGCGGUGCUUUCACCAUAUUUCUUUCCUUCUGGCAGUAGCAUAACUCAAGCUGUAAUUCCUACUUUCAUGUUAAUCCCCAUUCUUUGCAAAAAUGACAAUUGGGAAGCAACCCCCUGUCCCAGCCACCAGGGUCAGCCAGUGGCUGCCCUAGUUUCUAGUGUGCUAGCUGUGCAGCUUGAGGAACCUUAUAGCAUGCUACAGUAGAGGUCCUUAAGGCAGCAAGGGAGUUCAGUGCAGCAGGAUUCAACAGGAAGACUGUUUCCCUGGGUCCGGCUUUGGCUAGGUUUAACUCAGAAGGGAGCAGUCUUCCACAUCUUCUUGACCAUCCCUAACCAGAAAACUGUUACUGGCAUUACCAAAUACUACUUUCUAACACACAUCAGCCAAAUGAGUGCCCUUAGCCCAGAGCUAGCCCUGGCUAGCUACGCUGUCGCUGUAGCAACCAAGAACCUUGAAGACUGACCUCAGACUGUUCACACUGUGGUAGUCAAAGAUGCCUAGUCACCCACAACUGCCAUGCUGGCAAGGUUGGUUUUCCUCUCCCUCCCUCCCCGUGCUGUGGGUUUGUGCAAUUGGCAGUUGUUUCUAUGUGCUUGCCUGCUGUUUGGUUCCAAUAGCAGGUCAGGUUGGAGGGCGGAAAGCAUUGUGGUGGAAGACAGAGCCCACUGAAGUUGGUCAUGCAGUCAACAGCAUAGAGACUGAUGUACAAAUGGAUGCUAAGAGGAAGAUGUCUCUAGCAAGGCAGAUGUGUUUUUCAUUUGGGAGCGUGUUCAGAUAAGCCUCUCCAUAGUACUGUUGCUGGCUUUAUACUAUGACCAUACUCAAACACAUAAGGGCUUUUUGUAAUUAGAAUACUGUUUUUGUGGGUUUUGGAAACUUGUUAUGGCUCUUGUUAAACCAUUCCGUUUUCUUGCAGUCAGCAGUAUGUAGUGUUCCUCCCACAUAGAGAUGUUUGGAAUUCUCCAGUUUCUGUCUUCCCUUAUAGAAGUUCUAGGUAAUUUCAGACCAUGUACAGACAUUUCCAGGUAUGAUUUAAAUAUGAAACACGGAAUGAGACACAGAAUCCUCUAAUCCAUUUAAUCAUGCUGGGUCUCCUAGGUAAGAUUUCUCUUCUACUCUGAAUUAGGAGCCUUGUCCAGGUUUUAAGCUCAUUAAAUGUUACUUGGGGACAGGAAUUCAAGAAAUUUGUUUAAAACCCACCAUGUCAAAAGCCUGUCUCUCUCCUGUUUGGGUUUUCAGAGUAGCGAAGCUGGUUGCGUUGCUUGUUUCCACUUCAAGGCUUCUACUUUUGCAAGCCUGACGUGUAAUAUUAAAAGCUUUACCAAACAGCUAAAGCUCUUGAAAUUAACUCCUCCCAGAGAAGUGUUCAGUCUGUCUUAGGGACAGAUAUGCAGGGUGGUAUUGGCAUUAUUAAAAUUCCACAUCAGCUUCUCUUUAAAGGCUGCAUAUUGCUUCAAGUAUAGCCACUGCUUUCCCCCCCCCCAGUUCCCUCCUUUUGGUGAAGCAUGUCCACACACUUUUCAAAGCCUUUGCAGGCUAGUUUUAUAUUUGCUGUAUGUUGUAUUUAAACAUUAAUCUUAUUUUGAUGUUGAGAGAAGGCAUUGAAACAGCAGUCACUGAAGACAGAGCAGCCUGCUUGCCUGUCCCGAGAGAGGGGCACAGGAUCUUUUCUAUUGACAGCUGAGCUAAUGCUCUACCUGAAAAUGGAACCUGAAAAGCCGCAACACAGCAAAUAAUUGAGUAAACCCCUGUUUACUCUUGUUAUGGUGCCUGCAAUUUAUUGAUAUCAAAACCUGGCAUUUUCAGGCAGAGCAUAGGUCAGCUGCGUUACAAAACGAAGCUCCAGAGCCCUACCCUUUGUACAGCACAGUUUCUAAGCCUUGGCAGUCUCCUUUAGAAUUACUGUAUUGAAUCAUCAGUUUGGUACCGUGCAGUUUUAUACACAUUUCUUCAAAAGAGAAACAGCAACUGUUCUCUCAGUUGAAAAGCAAAUGACCACAUCACUUAUUUGAAAAGAAUUGUCCUGGGACUUAAAUAGUUUGUUAUAUUUGGGGACCAUUUGAUGAUACACUCAAUUUUAAACUACACUCAUCUCUUUUUGUUGCUAUGAACACUGAAACCAUAUGCAUACUGUAGCUGAGCUUUCUAAACACUCAUUGGGCUAGGAAAAGUAACUUGGUCAUUUGAACUGUAAGACUCUUGCCUGGUAUCUCGAAGACAGUUGUCUCUUAGGGUUUGAUGUUUGCUACAUUGCACUGUAGCCUUGCUUCAACUUCACAGUUAGAGGCCUGCAUUUUGUUCAGGGAGCUUUCAAAUCUCCCACUGAGUUUUUGACCGUAGCGUAUGUUCUCUGUACACAGUAUGUAUCUAUCUAGCUGAUUUUUUCCUUUUGGCUGAGACUGAAGGCAUUUGCAUUUUUGACACAGUUUAAACAUUUGGGUUGUUGGGUUCCUGCAUUAUUUUCUUUCUAUUGUGAUGGCAACAAAGGAUCUGAACAGAUUCAGGCAGCUACUAAGGAUUCCAGGUUAUAGAAUGAAAAAGGGUUGGUAAAAGUUUUCCCCUACACGUGCACGCACACAGGUAUGUGGCUUCCUUCCACAUUUCAUAGACCCAGAAGCAGGGUUAUAGCACUCUUCUCUCUUGCCUUUGACCUGUAGAAGACAGCUGGUGGUUUCAAACAAACAUUCCUGAGGCUGUGGUGAAAUAGUUGCUUCUUUUUCCUCUCAGUUGCUGUGGCUUGGUAUGAAUGUGCAUUCUGCCCAUUUGAACGGGUUUCCAAACUUGAGUCAGGAAUGUUACCUCUUUGCUUUGAUUCUGAUGAAGUUACAAGCCAGGUGUGCUAUUCUCAGGUAUACAGCAGAGGGAAGUUAAGGGUCUUGUCAGACCAAAAGUGUCUAAAAAGCAUAGUUCAUUUAUAGAACCGUAGUUUAACUGCACGUUAACUGGUUCACAGCCUUUCAGAACACAACAGCUGGAAUAUUUAACACAGCAAGAGAUUCUGGCACCGCAUUGUCUUGCAUGGCCAGACCCUGGAUGACAGGACAAACAUGCUCUUGGGUGGACGAAGGUUUGCUUUUUGUUUUAUGCACACUGUUUAAAUGAACACAUUAAGGAUAACAUUUAUUGCAGUGCAAGUGCCCCCACCUCCUGAGCCUUAGGCUGAGAAUCAAAGUGGCACGUAGUAACUUCUGCUUGGGGUUUUGUGUUAACAGGAGUCGAUUCCAGGGAGGAAAUGGGACAACUUUCUGCACUAACCCACUCUAUUUGAUAAAACACUCCCAGAAACAGCCCUGCUGUGGGCUUCCCAGUCUAAAUUCCAGCUCUCUGUCUUUUGUUCCAGCCGCAGCUCAGUACAACCUAUUUUCAUUCUCCAUUUAAGAAAGUCUCAUCCACAGGGAAGAAAUCCACAACCAAAUCAGUGUUGGUAUUUCCGAGCAAUUAUACCUGCCUUUUUAUGUAUGACAGUUUCAUAUCAUUUAUUUUUAAAAUAUGGGGUUUUUUUAGGUUUUUCAUUGUAAUAUUAUUGUACAGUUUUGCAUGGCAUAGAUGUAAUCACUUUUUUGUUUUAGAGUAUAAAAGCUGACAAGUGUGCGUGUGGGGGAAAGAUUCUGCUUUUUGCCUCUUCUCACUCUUUUGUUUAAUGCCCUCAAUGUUGUAGGGGACAUUGUAAGAGAUUCUCUGCUACAGAACAAUGAUGUAGAUUCUUUUGCACAGAAAUAUUUAAGGUGGGAAAGCCAACAAUGUAAAAAUGACUUACCACCAAUAUUUUAUGUUGGUAACACACUUAAUAUUAACCUACUUUGAUGUACUGCAAUAAAACAGGGAACUGUUAGAAAUGCA